AUACACGAACUUAAACUGAAGUACCCAUGAUCUCUAUCUAGUUAUGUUCCUCUAGUAUAUAUUAGUUGCCCAAAAAUAGUCGCAUACGACGCAUAGACACACACACAGCUCUCAAGAAAAGCAUAUUACACGCGUCUCGUCACUUGCCCACCUCACUCUCUACAUUUAAGACUACCCUCUUCACCUCUCUCGCUCUGUUCUUGCAAAUUGAAGGGCUGUUUGUGUUUUAUGUAAAGUUUGAAGUUUGAGCUUGUUUUGUGUACUACAAGCAAUGGCACCUCCUAAUGCGCGAGUCUUAAAAGCCUUCCGUGCCAUGAAAGAUCUUGGGAUUGCUGAAGAGGUGACAAAGCCAGUUCUGAAAAAGCUCCUAAAAGUUUAUGAUAAAAAUUGGGAACUCAUAGAAGAAGAAAACUAUCGGGCACUUGUAGAUGCAAUAUUUGAUACUCAAGAGUCAGAGGAAGCUGAAAAGAAGAAAACCGAUGACCCUAGGCGAGUGGAGGCUUUGGAGGAAGAAAAUCAGGUAGAUGAUGAUUCGAUACGCCCUCUGAAAAGGCUUAGAUUAAAAAAUCAAGAAAAUCAGGCAUCACCUUCUAUGAUCAGUCCUGGUCCCAGUUCUGGUGUAGCUAUGCUGAAAAAGCCGAAGGUGGAGGCAGAUGAAGUAGGUCUAGCUGAAGCAGAUCCCCAGCAUCAGAUGCAGCUAGUAACAACACCCCAGAAAACCAAUUCUGAAACUUUGAGGACUGGAACUCAUUCUGUUCCAGAACAAAGGAUUACUAGAAGUAGAGCCAAGCAACCUGUUACAUCUCAGUCUUUGACAGUGCAAGAAAAAUCUGUUCCACCGCAGACUGCACCUGUGAAUGAGUCUUGUCCAGAUGUGACAAAGGAAACUCCGUUAAAUUCCAUCUCCUCUCCUAUGCGUCUGAGAGCUAGAGGAAAAACACCUCAAAGUGCUCAGAAGGAAAAUAUUUCUAUCUCUGAAAGGUCUUCUGGUGGAACAAAAAUGCAGAAGCCAAUGGCUGAUGGGGGUAAUGUAUUUCUGACAAAACAGAAGAUCCGUAGUAAUCUUGCCCUUAUCAAGCCUAAAGAUGAGCCAACUGAUGACAUUUCUCAAUCUGAAGUUCCAGUUGCAAAUCCUGACCCCCUAGCACAAGGAAAUUCUGCAAGUGGGAAGACUUGUACAGCAGCGCCAGAUGGGCAACAACUCGUAGUUCCUCAAUCUGCAGAUCAAACUGCUCAAGACAAUGAUAUUGCAGUCUCUACUGCUGAAAAGAGAAUUCCUUGCAAGACUGUGGAAGUUCUAGAGAAAUCUAUCGAAGACAUUGAGGUUGCUUCAACAGCCUUGGGAGAGGUUAAAAUUUCUGUGAGCUGUAAAUCUGCAAUUGGACGACCUGACUUUCAUAUGCCCAGUCUAGAUGAUGUCAUACGAACAGUCGAAGCUCAAUGUCUCAGGUCUUAUAAAUCCUUGGAUCCAAAUUUCUCGUUAAAGAAACUGAUGAAAGAUAUGUGCGAAAGUUUCUUGGAACUGGGAACUAGUUCAAGUAAUGAAUUACAAGAAAACAUUAAUGUCAACCCUGAUAUUGGUAUGUUAGAAAGUAAUACUGAAUUGGACUCUGCAAAUGCUACAGACAGACAAGUUGUCCCUUUGAAUGCACCAAUAUAUAUAACCUGUGACCCUGAGAUGGCUCUUCCUGAAGUACCAAGCCUCCCUCCACCCUGCAGUGGUGUAGCUGACAUUGUACAACUAGAUGCUGGUAACAAGAACCAAUGCAUAGUUAAUUUGGAGAGGGAAAUUGACAAUCUUGAUCACAGUAAUUCUCAAAGUAUUGUAGUUUUUCAGAAUCAGCAGUCAACUGAAGAGACUAAAUUUGUUGAUGAUGUAUAUGACAUAGCCAAAGGGCAUGAAAGAGUUGUAAUUUCAUUCGCAAAUGAUGUCAACAGCGAAUGUCCGCCAUCAUUUCGCUACAUACCUCGGAAUGUGGUAUUCCAAAAUGCAUAUGUGAACUUCUCUCUUGCAAGAAUUGGAGAAAGUGGUUGUGGAACCUGUUCAGAUAAUUGCCUGCUGUCAUUGACACCUUGCGCAUGUUCGCAUGAAACUGGCGGUGAUUAUGCCUACACUUUGGAAGGCCUUGUCAAAGAGGAACUUUUAGACGAAUGUAUUUCUAUGAAUCGUGAUCCCAAGAAGCACUGCUUAUAUUAUUGUAAGGAAUGCCCUCUGGAAAGAUCCAAAAAUGAUGGAAUUUUGGAUGCCUGCAAGGGUCAUUUAGUAAGGAAAUUCAUCAAAGAAUGCUGGUGGAAAUGUGGCUGCAGUAAGCAGUGUGGAAAUCGAGUUGUACAGCGAGGAAUAAGUCGCAAGUUGCAGGUGUUUAUGACACCUGGAGGAAAAGGUUGGGGGCUUCGCACCCUAGAGGACCUGCCAAAAGGGGCUUUUGUUUGUGAGUAUGUUGGGGAAGUUUUGACCAAUGCGGAACUGUAUGACCGAGUGUCAGAGAGAGAGAGCCUUAACAACCACUCACAUUCAUAUCCUGUGCUUCUCGAUGCUGAUUGGGGAUCUGAAAGGGUUUUAAAGGACGAAGAAGCACUUUGCCUGGAUGCAACAGAUUAUGGAAAUGUUGCAAGGUUCAUCAAUCAUAGGUGUUUCGAUUCAACAAUGGUUGAGAUCCCUGUGGAAGUGGAGACCCCUGACCACCACUACUACCAUUUAGCCUUCUUCACUUCAAGAAAGGUGAAAGCAUUGGAAGAGCUAACUUGGGAUUAUGGCAUUGAUUUUGAUGAUCAUGAACAUCCUGUGAAGGCCUUCCGUUGCCGUUGUGGUAGCAAGUUCUGUCGCAACAUUAAACGCUCAAGUAGAUCAAGAUCUGCAGCAGCUAGAAAAGUAACAGGUUGACCUGAUGUGGUCUUCUAAGCAAUUUUCAAGCCGGAAUAACAAGAUGUAUCUGAUGUGUAUGCGGGCAUGGAUGAAUUCCCCACAUUUUCUUAAGCUAGUUAAAGUUGGGUGACGUCUGCCCAAUGUAAUUUGGUACUUACAUGACAUGUUAUGUUCUAGUCUUGUUAGACUAAGCAUUGUCGCGUACUUAGAUACAUUGCUCAGUUUGUUCACAAACUUUUGAAAACUGUGGCUGUAAACAACUCUAUGUUUGUUGAAGUAUGGAAAAAAUCUUUUGAAGUUUAAAA